CUAUUGUUUAUCCGAAAACACUAUGGCACGAGGAGGUCGCGGUACUUUUGGGCUAACAUCUAGUGGUAGAGGUCGAGGGUACAGAGGCGGUACUCGAGGAAACACACACUUUCGUGGUCGGGGAAGAGGUCGCGGUCGUGGCGGGUCGAAUACACCAGGUGAUGGUCCAGCCCCGCAACGAGAAGAUGAUGGAACCCAACUGGAAGAACGCUUUGAACGGGUUCGGGAAAGCGACGAGAUUGAUGAGAAGCUGGGAUUCACGAGAGUGCAAGAAGGUGCGAGGAGAGAGGGCUGGCUGAUCAACAUGCAUCCCACUCUCAUAAAGGAUGCGGACUACCCGGGCGGAAAGGCGGCAGUCGACUUUUACUUCAUUCAGGAUGACGGAGGUAUGUUCAAGUGCACAAUGCUGUAUGAGCCCUACUUCUACAUAGCGUGCAAGACUGGCUCAGAGUCUUCUGUCGAAGAGUGGCUGCAGAAGCGGUUCGAAGGCUUGAUUGUGCGGAUCGUGCGGGAGAAGAAAGAGGACUUGAAACUGCCGAAUCACCUCAUGGGUCAUCAUCGUUUGUACCUGCAACUGUGCUUUCGAAACGUGAGUGACCUCCUGGCCGUGCGACGGGACAUAGCCCCUCUCGCCCUUGCAAACGGCGCGAAGCGGGACGCCAUUGACGCGUAUGCCGAAGUCGUAGCGGCAGCGAGCACGAAUGUAGAGCUCGAAGGCGAGUGGGCGGAGAUCGGCAGAAGCAGUACAGCAAACUACAGGGAUCGAGAUGCACCGUCGUGCAUCGUGGAUAUCCGCGAGUUCGACGUGCCUUACUACUUGCGAGUGGCCAUUGACAACGAGAUGCGGGUGGCGCUGUGGUAUGGAAUCACUUUUACAGCCGGACAACCUUCGUUUGUGCAGUUGACAGAGAGGGUGAAGCGCGCAGACCCUGUAGUGAUGGCCUUCGAUAUCGAGACGACGAAAGCGCCGCUGAAGUUCCCAGAUGCGGCAGUAGACCAGGUGAUGAUGAUUUCAUACAUGGUGGAUGGUCAGGGGUUCUUGGUGACGAACCGGGAGAUCGUAAGCGAGGAUAUCGAUGAUUUCGAAUAUACGCCGAAGGAGGGGUAUGAGGGUCCGUUCAUAAUCUUUAACGAGAAGGACGAGGCAGCAACGAUCAUGCGCUUUUUCAGUCACAUCCAGGAUGUGAAACCGACAGUGAUGGCAACAUUCAACGGCGACUUCUUCGAUUUUCCGUUCCUGGAUGCACGCGCGAAGGCCAACGGGUUGGACAUGUUUUUGUUGACGGGGUUCGCUAAGGACAACGAGGAUGAGUACAAGUCCCGUGUAUGCGUGCACAUGGACUGCUUCAGAUGGGUAAAGCGCGAUUCGUAUCUACCGCAGGGAAGCCAGGGCUUGAAAGCGGUUACGACUGCCAAGCUUGGGUAUAAUCCCAUUGAACUUGAUCCGGAGUUGAUGACACCCUACGCGAUGGAGCAGCCACAGGUCCUUGCGCAGUACUCCGUCUCCGAUGCAGUAGCAACUUACUAUUUGUACAUGAAAUACGUGCACCCCUUCAUCUUUUCAUUGUGUAACAUCAUUCCGUUGUGUCCGGACGAGGUGUUGCGAAAAGGAAGUGGCACGCUAUGUGAGACACUCCUGAUGGUUGAGGCGUACCGCGGGCACAUCAUCAUGCCAAACCGCCACGAGGACGCGCACCUGAACAUGUUCGAUGGCCACCUACUUGCAUCAGAAACCUACGUCGGAGGUCACGUAGAGGCACUCGAAGCCGGCGUAUUCCGCAGCGACAUCCUCACGGACUUCAAGAUCGUACCCGCCGCCGUGCAACAACUCAUUGACGACCUUGAUGCCGCACUCACCUUCUGCAUCACCGAGGAGUCUAAAUCCUCCCUGGAAGAUGUGACCAACUAUGAUGAAGUCAAGUUGCAGAUAACGUCGGCACUCGAGUCGUUACGCGAUACCCCAAAGCGCACGGACAAACCGCUUAUUUAUCACUUGGACGUCGCAGCGAUGUACCCGAAUAUCAUGCUUUCGAAUCGCUUGCAGCCAGAUUCGAUGGUCGAUGAGUCUGUAUGCGCAGUGUGCGACUUCAACCGUCCCGGAAAGACGUGCGAUAGGCGGCUAGAGUGGGCAUGGAGGGGAGAGUUCUUUCCUGCGAGAAGGGACGAGUACAACAUGAUCAGGCACGCGCUGAACCAGGAGACGUUUCCCCCGAAGAGGGCUGGAGGCCCACAGAGGCGGUUCCCAGACUUGACGGAUGCGGAGCAGACUGCGUUACUACAUAAACGCUUGGGUGACUACUCACGGAAGGUGUACAAGAAGAUCAAGGACACGAAGGUUGAGACAAGAGAGUCGAUCGUAUGCCAACGGGAGAACCCCUUCUACGUCGACACGGUGCGACGUUUCCGUGACCGUCGGUAUGAGUACAAGGGGCUGCACAAAACCUGGAAGAAGAAUUUGGAUACCGUGGUCAACGAGGGACGCUCGAUCGCGGAGGUCGAUGAGGCGAAGAAGAUGAUUGUACUUUACGACUCCCUGCAGCUUGCGCACAAAUGUAUCCUCAACUCGUUCUACGGGUACGUGAUGCGCAAGGGUGCACGGUGGCACUCGAUGGAGAUGGCGGGAAUUACUUGUCUCACUGGCGCAACUAUCAUCCAGAUGGCGCGCGCUCUCGUCGAGCAGAUCGGUCGCCCGCUAGAACUCGAUACGGAUGGAAUUUGGUGCAUGCUUCCUGGCGUCUUCCCGGAGAACUUCAAGUUCAAAUUGAAGAACGGGAAAGCCAUUGGGUUCUCAUACCCAUGCACGAUGCUUAACCACCUUGUGUACGCCCGCUUUACCAACCACCAGUACCACGACUUGGACCAUUCCACCGGGGAGUACGUCGUCCACAGCGAGAACUCCAUUUUCUUCGAGCUAGAUGGGCCGUAUAAAGCCAUGAUUCUUCCAUCAUCGAAGGAGGAAGACAAACUGCUGAAGAAGCGAUAUGCCGUCUUCAAUGAUGAUGGGUCGCUUGCGGAGUUGAAGGGUUUCGAGGUGAAGCGCCGGGGAGAGCUCCAGCUGAUCAAGAUCUUCCAGUCGCAGAUCUUCGAGAAAUUCCUCCUGGGAACGACGACGGAGGAAUGCUAUAGCGCGGUUGCGCAGGUUGCAGAUCAGUGGCUUGAUAUCCUCUUCAGCAAGGCUGACACGCUGACCGACGAGGAGCUCGUUGAACUCAUUGCUGAGAACCGCAGCAUGUCCAAGACGCUGGCGGAGUACGGAGGACAGAAGUCGACCUCUAUCAGCACCGCUAAGCGACUUGCUGAGUUCCUCGGUGACCAGAUGGUCAAGGACAAAGGUCUUGCCUGCAAGUUUAUCAUUUCUGCAAAGCCCCACGGAGCGCCAGUCACGGAGCGGGCGGUCCCUGUCGCUAUAUUCUCAACAGAGGAGAGCGUCAAGCGCACUUACUUGCGUAAAUGGCUCAAAGACAACAGUCUCUGCAACUUCGAUCUAAGAUCCAUCCUUGACUGGGAGUACUACAUAGAGCGUUUGGGCUCAGUCAUUCAGAAGCUGAUCACUAUCCCUGCCGCAAUGCAGAAAGUCUCUAAUCCUGUUCCUCGUAUCCGCCACCCUGACUGGCUGCAUCGCCGUGUUGCAGGCGCUGUGGACAAGUUCAAGCAAAACAAAGUCACCGACUUCUUCACGCGUGCCACUGCGGAGUCCCAGGCUCUGACGCAGACUCGAAUGAUUGACGCAGAAUUGGAUAUGGAGGAUUUCGGGCAAGAUAAGACCGCGGAUCGUCCUCGCGUUGCUAUCGUCAAUCGGAAGUCCCGCAGAAGGACGCCUGAGCCUGACGAAGAAGUAUCAGAUGAUGAAGCUCCACUUCCUGACCCUACGGUCAGCUACUCCGCCUGGAUCAGGGCCGUCAGGCCACGCUGGAAGAAACAGCGAAACGCUCGCUGGGGAAACACUGGUGACGCUAUCGUGCCUUCCAUAUUCAAAGGUGCCCGUGUUCGCACGACACAGCGAUGGGACAUCGUACAAAUCCGUCCAAGCAAGAUUCCCGGGCGAUUCACACUAUGGGUGUCUGUCGAUGCUCAACUGGUGCCUGUGCCUUUGCGCAUUCCUCGCGAGUUUUUCUUGCACCUGAAGACUCCGCCUCGCGAUGGCUUGUUUCAACUAGAGUACUAUGCCUUCGAGAAAGUCGUCCGUCACCUUCCUCGUGACCUUCCCUGCUCCAAUCUCUAUCGGAUUUCUGUUAAGGAGGACGUUUAUCAGGAAAUUCAGGAGCACUUUAUGGACCUUAUGAAUGAUCCGAAUGUUGAUGGCGUUUUUGAGCGGCAGAUUCCACUGGAGAUGCGUGCCCUCCUCAAACUGGGCAAGACAUGUACUGUGGACGAACUCGGCAUGACUUUGAACCGUGCUCAAAGCAGUGGUGUCGAUUUGUCUCAGCUCGACCGCUCCAGCGCCUCCCUUUCUCGCCGAAUAUACCUGGAUGGCGGUCGCUCGGGGAAGUAUAUCUUCCUAUACCAUGCAUGUUCUAGUACCUCGCAUGUCCACGUGUUUGCGAUGUUCAUGCCCAAUGGUUCCGUCAAACUUCACCUCGUUGAUCCCGCUCCCCGUCGACAACAAAUUCCUCGUCUCCAAGAGCUGUACAAAGACCUUUCGGCAAAGCGACAAUCUAAGUAUGGAAACAGUUCAUUCGAGUAUCCCAGUUCAUGCGAUUUCAACACCACGUAUCACAACAAGGACACGACAGCCCUCAAAUCCAUUUCAAGAGAACUCGGACUCCUGGAAAAUAUGUCCUACGCUGUCGUGAUCUCAUCUAUCAAGGAUCAAAUUUACUUUGACACUUGGGUUCCAAAACUUUCGAAAUUCCCCGUUCUUUCAAUGUCAAAGGCGAAAGCAGUACAUACGCUCAAUGUUUUCCCCUGGCAACCCGACGUCGCUCAAAAGAUGCUGCAGCGGUACCUAUUGCUGGGCACCUGGCUCGAUCGCUCAAUCGCCCUAGCAGAUUAUUAUGAUGUCCCUAUCGGUCACAUCGACGGCGAUCAGCCACUGUUGUUGUCGGACAUUAGCUUCGCCCGGCGACUGAUCCAGCAGGACAUUGUCCUUUGGUGGUCGCCCUCUGAACGUCCAGAUCUUGUACAGCACACAGAGUUCAUAUCGCCUGGAUGCUAUUCUAACGUGUGCCUUGAAGUCACUGUUCGCAACUUGGCAGUGAACUCCAUCCUUCACUCUGUCGCUGUCAACGAGCUUGAAGGGAGUGGUGGAGCAACCGCAUUUGAUUCCGUAUCCAGGACGUUAGACGAGUUCUCCGGAGGCGAGGCGCAGCGCGACCUCACCCUUGGAGAAUCCAACAUCUCAACUCUCACCUUCGGCAUUCUCAAGUCAAUGGUCAAGACAUGGUUGCUUGACAAAAUCCAGGGCAAUUUCGAAAGCCCAGCUACGCUAGCAAUUGAUCACUUCUGGCGCUGGAUCAGUACAAGUGCUUCCCACCUUCAUGACCCAAAUAUUUAUCGCUUCAUUCAUGGGCUCAUGAGGAAAACGUUCAUCCAGAUGCUGGCUGAAUUCAAGCGACUCGGAUCUCACGUCAUCCACGCGGACUUCAGCCGCAUUUUGCUAGCGACAUCGAAGCCUCCAGGCACCGCUCACGCAUAUGCCACCUACAUAACCACGGCAGUAACAUCCCACGAGCUCUUCGAACACAUGUACCUCAAAACCGAGCGUUUUUACGACUUCUUACUCUUCAUGGACUCAGCCAACAUGGGAGGAAUCGUAUGUGAGGACCCGCUGGCUGUCGACCCUCCAGAAGAACUCACCAUCGAGACGCGGUGGAAUAUCCAGACUUACCUGCCACCUGCAAUCCAAGACGACUUUGGUACCGUCAUCCAAUUCUUCAUCGUCGAGUUAUUCAAGAUUCGACAAAAGCAUAACGAAGGUUCAAAGGCACCUUUCCGAGUGCUUCAGAAUUUGGCUCCCGAUGCCACUCAGCUCGACCAAAGCAAAAUCAAUGAAACUGAUGCGACCCGAGAGUUUGUCGCCAGGAAACUCACACGCAAAUUACUUCGGCUCGUUGGUACUAUCCAAACCAAGCACAGAGAUGCCACCAUGGACGAAGAACUGCACGCUCAGUUUCAGUUCCCUGUCCUCCCCGGUUCACAUCUUAACAUGACGAAUGCACUCCUUGAAUUCGUCAAAUUUAUCUGCGCCGUGCUUGGGCUCGCCUCUGAUUACCAGGUUGAGAUCGGUUUGCUCAAGCGCAACCUCCUCGACCUGGCUGGCGUGCGCGAGUUUGCCAAUGAAGCCGUUUUUCGCAAUCCAUGCGAGCCUCUCAAACUGUCUAAUGUCCCUUGCCGGCAUUGCGAUACACUUCGCGACUUUGAUUUCUGUCGCGAUCCAGAACUCAUGCCAUAUGGUUUUGAUGGUGCUAGGCCACGCUGGAUUUGCGGAGGUUGUGGGGGAGAAUACGACCGCAUCGCAAUUGAGAUGGAGCUGGUCAGACUUGUUGGGUCGCUCGAAAGGGCGUUCACGCAACAAGACAUGCGCUGUGGCAAGUGCAAGCAAGUUCGCUCGGACAACGUGUCGCGAUAUUGUCAUUGUUCCGGGCCAUACCAGUUAGUCCUCAGCAAACCUGAAUUCAGGAGAAGGUUACGCACAAUUGUGAAUGUAGCAAUUGUCCACAAUCUUUCCAGACUUAGAGAAUGUGCUCGAAGGACACUUGAGAAUUGGUGAUCUACAUGUAUUACUAUGUUACUUUUCAAUUGUAGCGUCAAUCGGAAUAUGUAAUACUAUUGACUAACAUGGGUCUUCGGCCCUGUGAUCUUCGUCCA